GCCGGCCCCCUCCUCACGCGCUCCCUGGCCCGGGACUGCCGGCUACAAUGUAGAGCCGUCGCGCGCCUCUCCCCGGCGCAGCGCCCGCAACACUGGCUCGCUCGCGCCUGGCGCAAAGUUGCAGGGUCCGCCUCCGCCGCGAUGGAGCCAGUGAGCAUUGAUAACCUCUCCAUUCUGUACCAAAGCACCGACUUCAUUGUGGUCAACAAACACUGGGACGUCCGCAUUGACAGCAAAAUGUGGUACGAAAAGCUCACCCUGCAGAGUCAGCUGAAAUACCGCUUCCCUGAGCUCGCCGACCCCGACACUUACUACGGCUUCCGGUUUUGCCAUCAGCUGGAUUUCUCCACCAGUGGGGCCCUUUGCGUGGCCCUCAACAAGGCAGCUGCUGGGAGCGCAUACAAAUGCUUCAAGGAACGGAUGGUGACCAAGGCCUACCUGGCACUGGUGAGGGGCCAUGUUCAGGAGGCGAAGAUGACAAUCCAUUACGCCAUUGGGAAGAACACGACAGAAGGCUUGACCCACAUGAUGUGCACUGAAGGGACUCAGGGUUGUGAGAACCCCAAACCUUGCCAGUCAGAGCUAACAGUACUGGAACAUGGCCUUUAUAGCGGCGAUCCAGCGACAAAAGUGCUCCUGCAGCCAUUUACAGGAAGAACCCACCAGCUCCGGGUCCACUGCAGCGCCAUUGGCCACCCGGUAGUCGGUGACUUUACGUACAGCUUUAAGAAGGACAGCGGCCCUUACCGCAUGAUGCUCCAUGCCUACUACUUGCGCAUCCCGACCGGCAAGGAGCUAAUCGAGGUGAGUGCACCGGACCCGUUUGUCCCCGCCUUGGACAGCAACUGGGCCCCUCAGCACACCAUCCACCGGCUGGACGAGCUGAUCCAAGAACUGAGAGACCGGAGCGCCCUGGCGGCGGAGGAAGAGAGGCAGGGAAAUGGGCUUGGCACCCCAAUCCCUGAGAUCCCAGAGGAAGGCAAGACCCCGGAGACACAAGAGGAGGAGCCGCCACGAGGCACCUGUGAGCAGUGGCUUUCCGAGUGGGCCCUGGAUUGAGGUUGCCACGGGCCCCUUCCGGUUGAGGAACUUGUACCUUUUACUGCCACUGUGGAUCUGGGCAGAGGCUUCCCCUAGUGGAUCCCGGGCCAAAGCCUGUCUUGUUGUUCUCUCUCACCAUUCCCUGGAAAUGCCCCUGCGAGGGUCAUGCUCCCAGACUGGAAUUUGACCAUAUGCCUGAUGAGCUUUUUAAUUGUGGGCCCUCAAGCUGGCUCAUUUCAUUCGCCGGAUGGGAAAGCCGGGCCAAGUUUGGGCCCUGAUAUUGACACUGAAGACACUCGAUUGACGCAAUUGGGCACCGUCUUGGCUCACAAACUCCCAGGGCGAUGUCCAACCAAGGCCGCAUCUCCACCAUGCUUUUAAAGCAGCAUCAUACCACUUUGAACAGUUGUGGCUUUCCCCAAAAGAUCCUGGGAACUGUCGUUUGUGACCCCCCCUCCCAUUCCUCAUCACAGAGCUGUAAUUCCCAGAGUGCCUUGGGAAGAGAGACUGAUUGUUAAACCACUCUGAGAACUGUGGUUAACAAACCAGUUCCUUUGAGGAAGCCACAGCAGUUUAAAGUGGUAUAAUGUUCACCGUACGUUUAAAGCAGAGAGAGAGAAUAUGGCUGACCUUACUUACCAUUGAAAAGCAUGCCUUUGCCAAUUUUAAAACAACGGCCUCAAAUGUCUGCAUGUUACACGGAUGUGUGUGCGUGUGCAUGUUUGGAUUCCAGCUUUUACCUGUCCUGCAGUGGCAUUUCUGGGGCAUUGUCAUAUCUGCUCCACAAAUUUUUAUUUUUGAAAAUACCACCUUUGAGUUCAUUUUGUUGCAGGGAAGGUUUUGGGAUGACCUUAAAUUAGGUUGCCAUCGUGGUGCCCAUGAGCACAGUGGUGCCCUUGAGGUCUUCUCAUCGUGCCUGCAAAGCUUUGGAGCAGCCCCCUUCCCUCUGCCUCCUUUGCCAUGAGCUGCUGAGGGUGGCUGAUUCCUGCUCCCUUGGAAAGCACACAGAGCUGAAGUUGGAAGUUGGAAGAGUGACGCUGUUGGCCACUGCCCCUUUCAGCUGCAUGUGCUUUCCAAAGAUCAGAUGAAUUCUGCUGGACCUGAUCUUUACCCAGAUCCCUUUGGAAAAAGAUGUAUGUUCAUGGGCACGUUCCCUCUCUGUUUGGAAAUGGGGGGUCUAAUCGGGGGGAGUAGGGAGAGUAGCUACCAGAUGGGCAGCUGCCCACAGCACUUGCUCAAAAAUCCAAAUGUCUGUAGGCCUAAAAAGAUUGGCGAUCCCUGCCUUAAAUUUACACACACACACACACCACUCUCUUCCUCCCCCAACAUUAGCCCUACCUCAAGGGUGGUUCCCUAGAGGGCCAGAUCUAUAUCUGCCCUACCCCUGGGGGACCAAAUUUGCCAGGUAGGCGGGGCCACCUCCUGUCAUUUACCUGUCGCUAAAAUGAUGUCAGAUGACGAGGCUCCUCUAAGGGCAAUUCCCACCUUCUCCCAGGGCUUGCUCACGAAGGUUGUGCGUUGAAGCUCCUCCUGCUUAAGACAGAGGGAGGUGGGCUGUUGCUCCAUUUUAGCAGGGAGGUUCCAGGCAAAGCCCUGCAUGAUCCUGGAGCGUGGCAUGCGCCACUGUCCAUCAGUUGCUGGAGCAUGCCAUAAUCCACAUCGGGAGCUCACUGUAAGCUCCCAAUAGUUCCUUUGAAGCUGUGACGGUACCACCCCCAUACCUGAUGACACACAUGAUGCCAGGUGGGCGUGGUUUGCCAGGAGUGGUCUAGAGGGCCACACUGGAACUUCUAGGAGGCCGCAGUUGACCUGCAGGCUCGAGGUUCCCCAUGACUGCUGUAGCUCAUGAAGCAGGCUUCAUGUUCUUUGACUCCUGGUUGGUGCCUAGAGACCCAAGCAGUCACAAGGCAUGUAAUUUUCCAUUUUGGCACAGAAACCAGGGCUGUGGAGUCGGCACACCAAACCUUCGACUCCGACUCCUCUAUUUUUCUACUGUCCGACUCCGACUCCACCCAAAAUUGCUUCCAACUCCACAGCCCUGGAAAGGGCUGUAAAUGUCUUUUUAAAUUGGAAGCUCUGAUAAGAGCAUUUUUAUCCCUGCCUGAAUAUGCGCUGAUCUUGGCAUCACAGCAUUUGUCUUCAUCUGGGUCCUGUGGCAUACACGGACACACAAAAUGUUUUCCAUCUUGAGUUAUGGUGAAAUGCUCAACUACAGCUGACUUCAUGGGAAGCUUCUUUGACAUUUUGAAUUUAUAUUUUAAAAAAAUUGUCAAUCAAAAUUUGAGUCGGAACAUUUCUACCGACUCCGACUCCACCCAAAAUUGCUCCUGACUCUGACUCCACAGCCCUGUCAGAAACAUGUUCUUUUCCACCAUUCGUUUAUUUUGAAACAGAUGAAGUAUCUUGUCUUCACGGCUAGGCUUGAAAAUGUGCCUUAUGAGAGGGUUCCAGGGAGUUGCGAAUGGGAGUCUCGCAUUGCAUGCAGAUCCUGUCUCCAUGCUUCUGCAUGUUUCUGCAUGCUUCUGCAUGUUGCGUCUCUUUUCCUUGCAAAUUUCCUUGUGAAACCUCUUAAAACCUUGCCAAUGUUUUGAAAAAAGGAUGUUGCAUCCAAGUGUAGAGCAUGCCAUGAAUGUUUGUGCACAUUAUGUCAUGCAAGCAGAAUUUAAGCCAAUCCCAGAAUUUGUAAGCUACGCUGUGGAUAUAUUAAAAAACACCUGCUGCCCAUUUUGCCAGCCCACUAAACUUAUAUUUGAUGUGGGAGGCUUGGGGCGUUUCUCACCACUAGAGGGCGCUGCUUAUAUAAAGAUAGCCUGGAUUCUGUGGCUGCAAUCCUUAAAACACAUUUUUGUUUGGAAAGAAUAAAUCACACUGAAAUAAUUAAUCCCCCCUCCAAAAAAUGUGCAAAGGAUUCUUAAGACUUUAAUAGAAUCUUAGAAGGAGGAGAGCAAGGGGGUGCCUCAUAGAAAAAAGGAAGAUUUGAAAUGGAUGAGCUGUCAGAUUUAAGGCUGAAAUUUUGUAUUGUAGACUACAAAUUUUGUAUUGUAGAUUACAAAUGUCACAUUUUGGGUGCUUGACAGUGUGUGACUAGAGAUGUAAAAUUUCAGGAAAUUUUGAAGUCAUGGAAAAAAAUUUUUUCCCUUUUUCCCCUGAAAAAAACAAUUUUUUGGAAAAAUUGAAAAAAUGCAAUAUUAGCACUUUUUACAGAUUCAAAGUCACUUUGUUACUUCAGGAAUAUAAAAUGUAAUUAUGUACAAGUUGGUUUGGCAUAAAAUUAUCACAUUUGGUAUAUGAAAAGUACAUUUUAUUCAAACAAUUAUUACAAAUUGAAUUUACUUUUUAAAAUUUUUCCUUUUUUUGGUAACAAAUGGAGCUAGAAGCUUCAUUUUUUCCCCAUUUUUUGGGAAAAAAGAGCCUUUAGGGAAAAAAAUGGUUUUCUCCCAAAAUUUUCUGUUUUUUUUCCUGGGCCUUCCUAUCUCUAUGUGUGACAUCGAUUGGUUUAAUCAGUUGAGAGCCUAACCCUAAGCAUGUUUACUCAGAAGAAAGUCCCACCAUAUUGCUGGAGUAAGUAUGGAUAGGAUUGUGGCAUCAAUUGUUUAAUACAGGCUCCCUCAACCAGCUGCUUUCUAGAUGCUUUGGACUACAACUCGCAUCAUCCCCAGCCAGCAUGGCAUCGUGAUGCUGGGGUUCAUGGGAGUUGUAGUCCAAAACAUCUGGAGGGCACCAGGUUGGGAAGGGCUGGUUGAGUUGAUUAAUUCCUGUGCAAAUGAUCAUGGUGUUCCACAUGGUUUAUUUUUUCUUAUUUAUUACACCUACCCACCGUUACGAAUGCACUAACUUAGAGGAAAUUACAAAGAUCAUUCCAUAUAAUUGGGAGGAAAUUUUUUUUAAAAAAUCGGUGCCAAUUACAGCUGCAGUCUGCUGCAAAAAGUCCGUGCCAGUCCAAAAAGAUGGCGGACUGUCAAAUUCAGUCAGAAUCCGGUACUAAGUCUGAUUUAGCAGAUAUUCUGUCCCACCCCUAGUAACUACUAAGAGAAUAGGUGUACUACUGGUAAAAAAUAGAGAAAAAGAAGCCCAGUGCUACUUUAAUGUGCAGCCUGUCUUAAUGUGAGCUCCCUGCUUAAUCCCUGCUUCAGCUGAGCAACUCUUUACUAGUUGUGCAGGGGGAAAAACUAACUUGCAUUAAUAUUGGCUUUAGUGGAGAAGUGUCCGAUGAAAUGCUGCCUGGGGCUGUUGCAUAUUCUGGACUGCUUUUCCUUGGAGCACAUGAUGCAACAAACCACCUUUCUCUUUAUUUUGUUGCCAGUUGCAUUCCUCUGUGUUGGAAUUUGUUGCCACAAGAUGUUGCUUAGGUGACUUUAAUUAGAUUAGAAAAAAUUGUGGAGAAAAAGAGAAUGUGUUGAUCUCCAAGUGUCACUUGUUGGGGGGCAAUCAAGGGAGAGGGUCAUUACCCUCGUGGUCUGCUUGUGGGCUACUGUGGGAGGCAAGAUGUUGAACUAGAUGAUCCAGAAAGAUGGGUCCAAAUGGGCAUUGCUUCUUAUGGAAAGGUGCUUGGUUACAUGGUUAAUAAAGCAAUUAGCUCUUUGGCGGAUGCUAUAUUGUAAAUGAAACCCAAAAGCUGCUUAUAGAGAAACUUAAAGGCACAAAUCUUAGCAGCUCAUGGUGUUUUCUUUUUUUUAGGUGAACAAUUUUAAUCCCCUCCAAAUAUGCAGAAAUAUCUUCCAUGAACAGCUUGCACUAGACAUUUAUACUGUAUCACAUUCCUCAGUCUCCACUCAUAAGCACCCAUUACUCAUUUAGAAUCCCUUAAAAUGAAGCUUGUUGUGUUUCUGAUGAUGCAAUAUUAUGCCCCCGUGGUAAGGAAGAUUGGUCUGUCUGUAAUCGUGAGUGAUUACCGGAUCUCCCAGAAGAUGGGAAAGAAAUCUUCCGAAGUUGUUCUCAGGGUGCUCAAACUGUGGGUGGCUCAGUUAGCUGUGCAUCUGCCAUUGCCAUGUCAUCACUUUCUUUCCACCAUAAAAAUCCCCACUGAAGUUGUUCUCGUUUUGCAAAUGUAGCAAAAUCCAUCUCUUUGCCCUUGUGCAUGUUUUGUGACAAACUCUGUUUAAGCACAUUGGAGAGAAGUUUUGGUUACAUUGAUAUGCAGCAAUUAUCACAUGAUAUGCAGCAAUCAUCUUGCCUGCUAAGUUACGCAACAGAUGACGAGUGUCUUUUUACUAGUUUCUCAGAAUGCCAUACUGAGAGCAGGAUUUGAAUUGUGAUUAAUGAUGAAACAUAUGGUUUAAAAUUUAUUUUUGCCUUUAAAUUGGUUUUGUAUGAACCUGAAAUGGUUAACUGUUGCCAAAACUAAGUGAAACCAUCUCAGUAUUUUUUCCUGAGGGCCAAGCCACACAAUUCCUUUCUGUCUCCCACAAGGUGAUUUCUGAAAUCCCUUCAAGGCACAGUAGCAAAGACACAUCUCGUGAACGGAUCCAGCCCACAUGGUGGGGUCCUCAUGCAGCCUAUCAGGAUUUCUGUCUGGUCCUAAGGGUUCAGGAUGGGCUGUGUAUCGCUGCCCUGUUUUCUGUCACAAAAUCCCUGAGAGCUGUAACACCUGUCUAAACCUGGCCCUCUAUCUACAAAAUGAGUUUUGUGAAGGUUUAAUAUGUGGCGCUCCUUUUUAAUGAGAUUCACGUAGAAUAGUUUUUGGACAUACUUGAUAUUAGGCAAACAAAAUAACUGUGCUGCAGUUAGAAAAGGGCUUUAAAAAAAUAAGAAUCACUUCAUGAGGGGUAGGGGUGGGGGGAAAGCCUUGCGCCAUCUCAGCUGAAGCUCAGACGGCAUGAUGCCGGACACUGAGCGCCAUUUUGUGAGGGUUGUGUGCUUGAUUGACGAGAGCCUGGCCUUUUUUCUAGUGUUGGGAAAUAGGAUGACUUCUGAAUGCAACACAAUUCCAUCUUCGAUGCUUCAUUGACUAAACUGCAGAAAGAACCUUUCCUUUAGCAUGUUCCAAAGUAUUUGGGCUAUUUUUGUUGGGCUAUUUGGGCUGUGCUUUUAUCCAAUAUUGCAAGGACAACUAGAAAUGAAUAUAUAUUUUCGUUAACCUGAUAUUUUGCUAAUUGCGAGAUGGAGAGAUCUAUUUUAGGAUAAAAUGUUCACAAUGGCCAAUGCGCAUUUUGACCUGUGGCAUUACAUGUGUUUCCAUACAUAUUGUCACCCUGUGCUUCCAAUUUGCAUUGUCUGUACGUUGGUAACAUAAAUUAAAAGUGCUGUGAUGUGGGAUUUUUUUGUUUUGGAGGUUUCAAAAUACUUCUUGUUAUUGAUUGUUUCACCUAUGUGGACAUUACUGAAAUAAACCACUUGGGAUA